GUAGUGUUGAAAUUGGUAAACACCGCAGUUGCGGACAUUUUGUAGCCUAAAAUGAUGUUAUGAUAAGCUUUAAUAAAGGGCCCGGUCAUUUGCCCCGCCCCCGGCCCGGCUCUGACUUGUUCCGCCACUGUCACUGAUGUCACUGUUUGCGCUGCUUAACGACAUCACAUGACGUCCACCCACUUUCGCUAACUCCACCCAAUGUGUCCACCCACUUCCAGCCAGCACGGUUCAGCGCGGUUGUAGUCGAAAUGCAACUCCAACAGCCUCGCUCAGCUCGACUCAGCUCGACUCGGCACGGCACGGCACGGCUCAGCCGCGUUUGUAGUGGAAAAGCGGCAUUAUUCUACAACUGUAGUAAUCCAUAUUAUGUCAAGAAGCGCUCAACUAAGCAAAGAGAAACAACAUCCAUCAUUACUUUAAGACAUGAAGUGUCUUUUAAUUAAUAAAAAUAAAGAAAAAACAUUGAAUUAGAAGAGCUGUUGAGCAUGGACGACGUGGAGACUUUGUUGGAUGCUACAGGGUGUUCAGCAGAGAUCAAGAGACCUGUGUGCAAAGGUGACUGCCUUUCAGAGCGCUACCGCACCAUCACAGGCCAUUGCAACAACAGACAGAAUCCGUUGCUGGGGGCAGCUAAUACUCCGUAUGCUCGGUGGCUUCCACCAGCAUAUGAAGAUUUUCACGGCACACCCAGAGGCUGGAACCCCCAACACACCUACAAUAACUUUACAUUACCUCCAGUUCGCAUCGUGUCGCAGGAGGUGCUGUACACCCAGAACGAGAAGAUCUCUUUGGAUUUGUCUCUGUCUCACUUGCUGGUUGAGUGGGGACAGUGGAUUGACCAUGAUCUGUCACUGACCCCUCAGAGCCCCAGCACGGCCUCAUUCAGGACCGGCGCAGACUGCAUCCGUACCUGCAGCAGAGACACACCAUGUUUCCCCAUACAAAUCCCUUUCUCGGACCCUCGUCGUGGUGUUCAGAGGUGCAUGCCAUUUUUCCGUUCGGCUCCCAGCUGUGUAGACGCCUCUGUCGUGUGCCGUCACCGGGAGCAGCUGAACGCCAUCACAGCCUUCGUAGACGCCAAUAUGGUGUAUGGCAGUUCAGAUGCACUCGCUCAGUCUCUGCGUAAUCUGUCCUCUCCUCUUGGCCUCCUCACUCACAAUCACCUGCAUUCAGACCAGGGACUCGCCUACCUGCCCUACUUGCCCCGCAAACAACUGGACCCAUGUGCACCACGCCAAGGCUCCAACACAGGAAAGAACACAACGUCUAUGGGCAACUUGACCUUCUGCUAUCUGGCAGGUGAUUCUCGGGCUAAUGAGCACUUGGGGAUGAUUGCUCUCCACACACUGUUUCUGAGAGAGCAUAAUCGAUUAGCCAAGGAGCUACACAUACUCAACCCCCACUGGAGCCCAGAUACACUGUACCAAGAAGCCAGAAAAAUCCUUGGAGCUGUCCAUCAGGUCCUGACAUGGGAUUACUACUUGCCACAUGUCCUGGGGCACAGAGCAUAUGCCGAACUAAUGGCCCCCUAUCAGGGUUAUGACCCUGAGGUUGACCCCAGCAUUACCAACGGUUUCUCCACUGCUGCCUUCCGUUUCGCCCAUGUGACCGUACAGCCCAUAGUGAACCGACUCGGACCUGGAUAUAAGCUUGACCCUAAACAUCCACCACUGCCUUUACACCACUCACUGUUUGCCUCCUGGAGGGUGGUAGAAGAAGGUGGUAUUGAUCCAGUGCUGCGGGGUUUGUUGUUGUCCCCAGCCAAGCUCCAGGCUCCUGAGCAGAUGAUGGUGGAGGAGUUGACUGAGAGACUGUUCCAGGCUCACGGUGGGCUGCCGUUGGACCUCGGGGCACUAAACUUGCAGAGGGGACGUGAUCACGGCCUGCCUGGUUACGGGGCAUGGCGAGAGUUUUGUGGUCUCUCUGUCCCUGCAAAUGAAUCUGAUUUAAUAGAGAUUCUGGAGAACGGAGGCUUGGUGCGUAAGCUGCUUGCUCUGUAUGGUACUGUCUGGAAUAUUGAUGUGUGGGUAGGUGCUAUCUCAGAGCCUGCACUGCCUGGUGGGAGAGUUGGGCCUCUGUUAGCCUGCCUGAUAGCCAAACAGUUCCGUGCACUCAGAGAUGGAGACAGGUUCUGGUGGGAGCGAGAGGGUGUGUUCAGCACUUCUCAGAGAAGCUCACUGCGUACAGUAUCUCUCUCUCGCAUUAUUUGUGACAACACGCACAUCUGCCUGGUGCCCUCAGACCCAUUUGUACGGACAGACCACCCUGACCAGCUGCUACCCUGCGCACACACAAACAUCACACACUUUAAUCUCUCUGCAUGGAAGGAGCCAGACACUGGUAGGAGGAAAAAAAAAAACCCAGUGUGUGGCUCCAUUCCUCGGCUGAAAGUGGGUUUCUCUGUGAUGUGCAAUUCAGCAGUGCUGUACCAGUGUCCUUCUGGUUAUUUGCUUCGUGGGGCCACCCACAUCACCUGUGAUCCAAAUACACGCCUGUGGACUCCAAACCCACCCACCUGCCAAGAUAUAGAUGAGUGCUUCAGUGGGCCUGUCUGUCCACCAAACCUACUGUGCCACAACACACCAGGUUCCUUCAUUUGUACAGAGUCCACUACACAUUCUGCCACCUCCAUCGCUGCUGCAGUGAUGACCAUGGUGGGAGGUGUUGCUGUCAUGGUCCUAAUAGUGACUUGCUAUACAAGGUUUAUCAGAAAAGGGAGCAUCAGCAGAGCAUGUUGUAAUAAGAAACACUGAAACUUCCAUUUUAAAUUAGUCAGUGUUCAAUUUCACCUCUCCUAACCACUAGGGGUGUUGUGAAAAUCAGGAUGCCUCCUUACAGUAUUUGCAAUAAAUAACUGUCUUGCA